AUGUCAGAUCUUAUUCAAUACUCUGUACAGCCUCCAUUUUGGUUGUAAUUCUUAGGCGUGCGGUUUAUUUCGUCCAUGUGCAGGUUACCCGAUUUUUUAUCACAGGAACAACUGGAAUUUCAGCAGUUUCAGAUUUGCCCAGCCCUGUCGAAACUUGGAAAAUCAGUAUGUAGGAUCUUACCUUUUCAAGGUCUUACUGUGUGAUGAAUAACAGCGCUAGAACGGCACAGCACGGCAAUGAUAGCCAUCUACGGAGGCUAUUAUAUUAUAGGUGCGCUGUAAGUGAAUCGCAAGUGAAUUGUAAGUGCUCACCAUCCCUCAUCGUUUCGUUGAAAUUCAGGCCAAAUGGAUGUACUGUGCUUGUUAAAAUGUACAGGUGAAUCACCUCCGCGCAUAAGGUCACUCUUUCAUAUUUGCCUCGGAAGCUUGGGAUCGGCCGAGUAAUCAUUGCAAAUGAUAUAUCAUGUUGGCAUAUGGUUGUCAUGCUUUAGCCUCGUCAGAUUCUUGUCUGUAACAGUUGGAUCUUCUCCACCUGUCUGUCUUAUAUCUUUUUGGACUUUUCUAUGGGAUACUAUGUAAAAUCCCAUGUAGUUCUGGCUCGCUAUCCUCCUUUUACUUUCGAAAAUACUUCAUACAAUCUGUAGUCAGAAUGUUUGAUAUUACUUGGAUCAUUCUCACGGGAGCUUUAUCCAUAUUGUUGUAUGUUGUGACUGGUCGAGCCAACUCAUCGAGUAGCCAACAUGGCUACGAGCAUGCCGUCACUUACCGUCACAUUGAUCCAUUCUUGGACUUGACCUAAAGCUGCAAGACAUCAGCGAGUCUUUGAAAAAUCAAGGGAUCCCCUUUUUGUCCAAUCUUCACAAAAAUUACGGACAAGCAAUCUUGGUGAAUAACUUGGGCACUUUGGGCAUACGAACCAUUGACUCGGAAAACCUCCAGACUGCUUGGUCUACCAACAAUUCCGACUGGGGCUACGAACCUCAUAGGCUCCUUGUUAUGGGACCUUUCUGUGAACGUGGGUCCAUUACCACGGAUAAUUGGUCGUGGCAGAAGGCUAGAGUUCUUCUUCGUCCUACGUUUAGCAAAGCGAAUAUAUCAGAUUUAAAACCUUUUAUAAAUGGGACGAAGAAGUUUUUCAAAGGCAUUCCUGAGAAUGGUAACACAAUAGUGGAUCUACAACUUCCUUUAGCAAGCCUUGUAAAUGUCGAUGUUAAAAACUCGUGCUGAAAAUGGGACAAUCUGACUUUUGUUUUAGUUCGUAGGUACCUCUAUGAAGUUUAUAUUGGGGAUUACUCCCAAGUCCAGUACCAAUGAAGGACCCAAUGAAAUGGCUGCUUUCCUAAAAGCGUUACAAAAAUCAUUCAUUGGCAUGGGUCUCUCAUUCAUGCUAGGCCCUCUGCAAUUCCUCAUUCCAAAAUAAUUGAGGAACGACGCGUAUAAAGAAGUUCAAGCAUACCUUUACUCACUCAUUAACACGGAAAUAAACGCCGAAGAGUCGGCUCUCAAUGCCCGAGAAUCAAAUUCAAGAAGUCUUCUUCGAGGCCUUGUGAAGGAAACAGAUGAUCAGAUAGAGAUUCGUGACAAUGCUUUACAAGGAAUGAUAGCUGUCCAAGACACAACACCUGUUCUCCUCAGCAUACGUUGUUCCUUCUCUCGCGCAACCCGAAGGUAUGAUAGACUGCGAGAUGAAGUGCAGUCAUUGGAUUUGGAAUCAUCGCCGCAUCUGUACGAUAGGUUGCGCGACAUUAGGUUUCUUCGCAAUAUCGUUAAUGAAUGUCAGAAAGCAUACCAUGAUAAACUCGCUAUACCCGUACGCAAAUAAGCUGAUCAUCAUAGCUCUUCGCCUCUUUCCGACCUUUCCAAUUCUUACUCGCAUGUCAUUGAAAGAUACUUCUCUACCAAAAGGAGGGGGGAAAGACGGCAACUCUCCAAUCUACAUUCCCAAAGGCACGGAGCUAUGGGCAAAUUUCUACGGCUUACAUCGUUCUGAAUCCGUAUUCAGUCCCGACAUUGAAUCCUUCAAUCCCGAUAGAUGGGACUCUAUCAAGCCUAGCCCUUGA